AUGAAUAAACUCUCUCUCUUCUCUCUCUCUCUCUCUCUCUCUCUAGCUCACUCUCUUUCUUUGCUUCUUUGCAGAAUAUUUCUUUUCGUUUUUAUUUUUCCUUCUCCUAUCCUUCUUGUGAACUUCCUCUCCAUUCUUCUCUUAUUAUCCCCCUUUAUUUCCCGCUUACCUCAUUCCAGCUUCCUUUCUAAUCUUCCUCUUCCUUCCCGCCACCGGUUUCCUUCUGUUCCACUUGCGCACCCCUGCCAUGUUGCUACGGGCAAUCUUUUUACCCCCCCUCCUUUAUAUCUUCUCUUUCUCCUUCAACAUUUCAUCCUUUCUUCUUCAUCUUCAUCACCUCCAUUCUCUUCUUCUUCUUCUUCUUCUUCUUCUUCUUCUUCUUCUUCUUCUUCUAUUUCGCCGCUUUCUUCAACUUAUCACUUCCUUCUUCAUAAUUUUGUUUUACUCUUCUUCUCUCGUUUCUCAAUCAAAUCAUUAUCAUAA